AUGGGAUGCACAUCAUCAGCAGACACAGUUCCUUUUGGAUUUAACGAUUUUUAAUAGCUUAAACUAGGAACAUAAUCUAUAGAAUUGACUCAAUUGUUUUUGGUUGCAAACAAUUUAAUAAAUGAAGUAUAACAGCUAUAUAAGUAAGUUGAAGGAGAUAGAAUAAUUUUAUUACGAAUUACAAAAGUAUAUUUGUAAAGCUAUAAUAAUAGGUAUCUUUAACAGCAUAUCAGACAUUAAUAGAUGCAUUUGGGUUUUGGACUAGAUAUGUUUCAAUUUGUAAUUUGGGUGAGGGAAACUAGAAUGGAGUAUUUUAUAAAUUUGAUAAUGAUGGUAUUAUUAAUUAAUUAUUUGGUUAGGGAAAUAAUUGAACUUCCAUUUAGGUUUGUGUGGUGAUUUAAAAUUGUAGUGGUUUGGGGAAGUUCUGAAUGAUUAUCUUUAAUCUCUUUAAAGUAUUACAUAAAUAAUUCCAACCAUUAUUGAAUAGUUAAAAGUUAUUCUAGAAAAAGUUUAUAAGAUGACAGUAAAUAUUCAAGAGAAGAACCAUGUUUCUAGAGAGAAUAUUAGUUUAUUAAAAUUCAAUAUAAGUUUCAUAAAAAUAAUCAACAUUAAAAUAAUUAAAUAUAACGAAGAAUUAGAAUUGCUCAAUAAUAAUUAUAAGUAAUUUGCAGAAAAUGCAGAUGAAUUAGGAGUUAAAUUAUAUCAUAAAUAUGGUGUUAGAAAAUUAGUGAAUUGCGAAAAAUAUUGUUUGAAAACAAAAAUGAAUAUUAUCAUUGAUUAAUGUUUUAAAGGAGAAAUGAGAUCAGAAAUAUAAUAUGAUAUAUAAAAUAAAGAAAAAGAAAGAAGAAAAUUAAAAAAACCAGCAUGGACUUUUGGAGAUGAUAUUGGAAUUGGAAUUAAAAAGUUUCCCUUUAGAGUUAGAUGGACAGGAUGUGAAUGUGUUGAUCAUUCUUUUUUUAUCAUUUCUAAUUACUUAGAAAAUCAUAGUAAACAUCUUCUAUAGCUAAGAAAAUUAUCAAUAAUUUUAAGAUAUUUGACUUAAUCUUAUAAAACUGAUGAAGAUUCAUUAUCAAGAGCAUGGUCAAUUUUUUGUUGUUAUCUAAAUUAAAAGGAUAGAACAGUGAUACAAAAUAGUUAAUCUAUUCUAGAAGGAAUCAAGAGACUAAAACUUAAAGAUAACAACGCUGAAAAAUGCAGAAUCUAUUUCAUUUAGUAUAUAGAAUUAUUUGAUAAUUCAUUAAUUUAAAAGUUAGAAUAAGAAUGGGAGUAUUAUUUGGAAGGAUAAGAAAAAGUAUUAUCUUUAUGGUCAAAAAAUUAAAUAUUUAGUACUAAUCAAUAUAAAUAACUUGAUAUACAUGAUAAAUAUUAUGCAUUAACAAGUAUGUCCAAAAAUAUUUAUGCUCUUUAAACCUAUUUUCCACUUGCUACCAAAAUCUAUAAUACAGGUAUUAAUAAAAAUAUAUUUUUAGUCUAUUAGAAAAAAUUAGUCAAAGGAAAAGACUUUCUCAAUUAAUUAUAAUCAAUAUAUAUCUCAUCAGGAAUUUAUGCUCUUCAAUUUGAAAAACUUUAUACUUUAAAUAAGGUAGAAGAUGAUGUAAUUAAAGUUAAAAAUAAGGAUAUAAAGUAUAAAUAUGCAUUUGAUAAAUUUGAACAAAAAGGCUGA